AUGGACCUGCGGGUGAAGCUGCAGAAAGCCGUCGACAGCGUGGAGAGCUUCUUUUCGGCAUUAAGAUGUAAUAAAUGUAUGGGCGGGUUUCGAGACGAUGAGCAGCCGCAGUACAAAUACUUGGGCACGUGCAAGCAUAUUUUCUGCAGUGAUUGCGUGGAGGAGCUGACGCGUUCGACGAGCCCGACCUGCCCGGAUUGCAUGAUGCCGCUAAAUUCGUGGCCCCAGCCGGCGUUUCUGGUCAACAACAUUGCCGAGCACUUGUUCACACUGAGGCGAUCAUUCGAUGAGUUGAUGAAAAUGUCCGAAAACGACGGCGACGAGCUGCAGGAACAACUCGAAGGCCUAAAAGAUCUCGUGGAAAACAACGGCCCGAAGAGGACCGUCGACGAAUAUAUUGCCACGCAACGUCUCGACGCCGGCGAGGAGAACAAGGAGAACGAGGGCCGCGGAAGCCCAAAUGAGGACUUUUUCGACAAUUUUGACGGCUACGACUUUGACGUCGAUAUGCGGCCUGAAAUACAACAAAAUCUCUUCUCGCAGCUCCCGAAACCAUCCGAUCAACCCACCACCUCACGCGCCUUUCGGACGCCAUCCCCGGAUUUUACGAAAGAUCAGGGAUUCUUCGAAUCGCAAAACCCGAAUGGUGCGGAGAUUGAUCGACUACCGGAAACGCCUGAAUUUAAGAUCCCGAAGCCGAUUCACCGGAAACGUGGGGCGAGAAGCGAGGGCGCGGCGAUCGAGCUGAAACGGACGCCCAACCCGGAGCAGGACAAGAAUUUGCUGGGUUCUGGCGUUGCGGCGCCGACGGAAGAAAUAAGGCCGGCUUUCGACUUUUUCUCGCAGCGCGCGAUGGACACGCAACAGGUCGAAUCGCAUUGGACGAAGAAAAUUCUUCCCGAUUUUUUGGCGACCCAAAAGGUGCAAGAAAAACGACCGGAAACGCUGGGCUUCCUAGAAGAAGAAGCGGAAGAAACUGGUGAACCUUAUGUUGGCUCGCAACCCAGAGAAAAGGAAAAUGACGAGCAUCAGGAACAUCAGGGUUUCUUUGAGAAUUUCGACGAAUACGACUUCUCGACAGAUCAGGGCCCGGAUGUGCCUCGAAACCUGUUCUCGCAACUUCCCAAAGGGGCAGCGGAAGUGAUGGCGUCUCGAAGUUUUCGCACGCCUUCUCCGGAUUUUUUGAAGGAUCAGGACUUUUUCGCUUCGCAAAACCCGAACGGCGCCGAGAUUGAUCGUCUACCGGAAACGCCGGAAUUUAAGAGGCCGCAACCCAUCGCGCGGAAGCGCGGUGCGAAAAGCGCCGGCGCGGCGAUCGAGUUGAAGCAGACGCCGAACGCGCAAAAUGACAAGAAUUUGUUGACUUCCACGAGCGUCGAGCCGAGCGAGGAAAAUGGGAAAGCGAACGAAAUCAAGCCGGCUUUCGACUUCUUCUCGCAGUGCCCAGCAGAUACGCAAUCCGCCGAAGCGCAUUGGGCCAAGAAAAUACUUCCGGAAGUGCCCGGGAGACCGGAUGAUGCCGAAUUAUCGCCCGGUUCGGCUGAACGCUUCCAAGCCACCAGCCCGAUCAUGAAGCCAGCUGAAGCUGUAGAUGAGGGCCCGGAACAAUUGGGAGACGAUGACGCUGACGACAUUUUUGGCGUCUUUUUCGACGACGAGGACGAGGAGGUUCCAGCUGCUCCGAGAGCCAAGACGCCCCAAAAUAUCUUCUCCCAAUUGCCGAGCGGGCUCGACGAGCCGAUCUUGUCGGGCAAUGUGCUAAAGGCGUUGCCGGAUUAUUUGAAUAACGGCAGCGACUUCUUCCAGUCGCAGAACCCAAACGCCAACGACGUCGACCGAUUGCCGCCCACGCCCGAAUUUGACACAAAACCUACCCCGAGACGACGCGAGACGAAAAGCGACGUGGCGAGGGAGGUGCCGAACAAAGAGGCAAUCCCCGAAAAGCGGAAGAGCGCGAUGGCGGUUCAUGAGAAAGCCAAACCGACGACCGAUCUCUUCUCCCAGCUCGGCGCGGAUUCACGGUCUGGGGCGACUGACUGGACGGUGGAUCUACCGUGGCGCUCGCUUCCACCACCGAAAAUUCACCCGGCCGCCGGCGAUGCCGAGCCCCACCUGAGGAGGCGCACGUCCCUGAUGAAGCCGAUUGUGAUUGAUUCCACAUCGACGAUCCACGGAAAAGCGCCGACCACCCCGAAGACGCCGCGGCGCCGGAAUACGGUGGCCACCGCCUACAAGACGCCAGUGCCAGGAUUGCCGCGCCGUGGCGCUUCUACUUCGAAAGUGGCGCCGCUUCCGACAGCGGCCACGUCUUCACCUCCGCCCAGCCCCGCUCGAUCGUUGCGCUCGGCAAAACGGGCCCAUCGAGAGGAGCCGGUCGUUGAAGAGGAGCCCGACAAUUUUCCGACGCCAUCGAGCAGUGGAUUCCACGACCUCAACCAGUCGUUCGGGCGCUGUGCAGUCGAAUCUCCGCGAUCCGCCUUCGCCCGGCUGACUCGAACAAGGACUAACGGUGUCUCCUCGAAAGCGAGCAGUCCACGACAAGCCGAAGCCCGGACCCCGAUUCGUGCGUUGAAAAAGCCGGCUGAGAUAUCGCAUAAAGAAGAAUUCAUACCCGAGCCGUCGCCGAAGCGCCGUAGACCGCCAAGAAGCCCCGCACCCGCCGCCGCCUGCUUUGAAGAUUGCCCCGUCGAGACGUCGACCACGUACAAGGAGGCGGCCGCUCGUCUGCGCGCAGCUUCAUGUGAUCCCGGGAGAGCUCCUCGAAAACGGCCGCCCGCCCGCCUUCCCAAUGUGCUGCGCCGCGGCGAGAUGAACGUGGUCAACGCCGUGCUGGCCGCGGACUUGGCGAGGGUCCGGGAAUUGGUGGCGAAUGAGGCCGAGAUCAACGAGCGGGACCCACAGGAGGGCUGUACGCCCCUGUUUCUCGCCGCCCGGGCCGGGCUCUACGAAAUCACUCGUGUGCUCAUCCAGGCUGGAGCCAUCGUCAAUGCGCAUUGCACGAAAGAGUGUGAAACGCCACUGCACGCCGCUGUCCGAGGCGGCUCCAUCGAGACGGGUGCGAACAAGGACGCGCUUGACCUGCGAAAAAUGUCACCUCUCGAAGCCGCAAAGUCACUGCCAUUGCCCGUGGCCGAGCAGAUUGAACAAGCCUUCGACGUCAGCCGCCCGCAUCGAGUUUCUAAAGAAAUCUACCCAAAACGCCGCCAUAUCUGCAUCCCGCCAAGUCAAGGGCUCGAAGCCGGACUGUACGUGAAGCUGGACACGAUGGCGCUGUUUGAGUCGGUAUCGGAAACCAUGAGCGACCUGUCGACGCACAUCGUACUCGCCGGCGUCGGGCCGGACGGCUCGGUGGAGUGCUCACCGCUGUUGAUCGAGGCCAUCUCGAGGGGUCUGCGUAUCGUCGGCUCGAGAUUCGUGUCCGACUGCAUCCGCCAGCGAACGAUCCCCCCGAAUGAGGGGCAGUAUGAGGUUCAAAAAAUCCUGCGCGACGGCACUCCAAUUCCUGGGACCGAUGGCACCGCACGGGUGACACGACGAAGAAAAAUGUUAUUGAAACCAGGAAUAUUCAUGGGCGCUCGUUUCUUCUUCAUCUCGGCAAAGUAUCGCGGGCAUGAGCGAGCAUGGCUUCGCCAGAUUGUUCAGAAUGCCGAUGGGGAGGUGGUAAACCGGGAGCCGAUCCACUCGUCAAGCGAACCGUCGCCAUUCUACGACACGAAUCGGGGAUCCCCGUGCUUCGUCGUCGCCUGCCCGGCCGACGUCGACAACCCGAUCCUCGCCACGUUGCCCAACAAGAAGCAUCUUACGCUGCUCACCCCGAAUUGGCUGAUCGACUGCAUCCUGACGUCGCGUUUCCAGGCGAAUUUCUAC